AUGUUGACUUAUAACGUAUUAGUUUUGGUCCUACUUGGAGUUGCUCUUUGUAGCUCUUACGAAGAUAGCUCAAUUUUGGUGCAAACUUCGAAUGGAGUGGUUAAGGGAUCUUAUGGACAGAGAAGUACUGGUGACCGAAAACUUCUUUACUGGUUUAGAGGAAUACCGUUUGCGGAACCGCCUGUUGGUGAUUUAAGGUUUGAAGCACCAGUGGCGAAAAAAAAUUGGACAGGAAUAUUGGAUGUAAGGAAGAAACAACCUGUAUGUGUUCAAGGGGCAAAUCCUCCAGUAGGAAGCGAAGAUUGUUUAUAUCUCAAAGUUUACACCGAUAAGAAACCAAACCCAAAGAACAACCUUCCAGUUUUAGUCUGGAUCUAUGGAGGUGCUUUCUUCGCAGGAUCUGCUGAUUUUGAUGAUCACAGCCCCGACUACCUUCUCGAUCAAGAUGUUAUCAUUGUCGCUAUUCACUACAGAGUUGGUUUACUAGGUUUCUUGUCGUUAGGAGACACUGUUGCUCCAGGAAAUAAUGGAAUAAGAGAUCAAAUAAUGGCUUUGAAGUGGAUUAAAAAGAACAUCAAAAACUUUGGUGGUGAUCCAGAUAACAUUACCAUUUUUGGCCAAAGUGCGGGCGCUGCUUCUGUUGCUUAUUUGUUACAAAUUGAGGAAACUAAAGGACUCUUCAGUAAAGCUAUUCUCAACUCUGGAUCAUCCCUUAGCACCUGGGCAUUGGCAAAGAGGACACCGCAAGUUACCAAAGCAAUUGCCAAAAAACUAAAAAUUAGUACUAAAAGUUCUAAACAAAUAUUAGCUGGGUUAAAAAAAAUUAAUAUUGAAGAGUUGCAGAAUGUAGCUAAUUCGAAAAUGGCAUCUGAAUUAAUAGCAAAGAAUCCUCUCCAAGGUAUUGCUUUUGCACCUGUCGCAGAACCAGAUCACAAAAGUGCUGUUAUUAAUGGACGAUCUCAUGAGAGGUUAAGUAAUGGACAGUUCCACCAUGUGCCUAUACUGAUGGGAUAUACCUCUUUGGAAGGAUACUUUGACAGUCUACCUGCACUAAUCAGACUUUGGCUUGCAAAAUUCGAUCUUAAUCAGUCACUAUUAGUUCCUGAAGACUUAAAUGCUAGAGGUCUAAUUACAAGACUAUUGUUGGGAAUUAGAAUUAAGUACAAAUAUUUUGGCAUUGCUCCCAUUGCAUUUUCUAGCAAGAGAACGAUGAGAUUCGUUGCUGAUUCAGUUUUUGAAAGACCAAUUCAAGAGGCUAUCCGUCUAUAUUCACAAAAAACAAAAGUAUACUCAUACCACUUCGCUUAUCAAGGACCAUUGUGGGGUAGAGUCAACAGAACUGUUGAUGGUGUUGGACAUACAGAAGAUUUAGGUUACCUCUUCGAUUUUGGUCACAAAGGAUCAGAUGCAGAUUACAUAACAAGAAACCGAAUGGUACAACUCUGGACAAACUUUGCCAAAACCGGUAAUCCAACUCCUAAGAAAGAAGCUUUACUUCAACAUAUAGUAUGGCCAGCAAAUAAUGGUUCAGAUCAAUUGAAAUAUCUUGAAAUCAACACAGAUUUGAAAGUUAUUAGUCAACCAAAUUCAAACAAAAUUAACUUCUGGAGGAAAAUGUACAAAGGUUAUGGAAGACCACCAUACGAUACUUACUAA